AUUGAUUGUGUAAAACGAAAGUAUACGACAGGACACGGAAAGAUUUUAGGUUUAGAUGGAACUUCUAUUUAUUUGAACAUUGUUGAUUUACAACCACUUUCGGCAAAAUGGAAGGUAUUCAGGAUUUGUUGAGAGGAAUACAAGAAACUUUAAAUCAACAGGGGAUGCUUCUACAGAAAAAUAACAGAAAGAUAAAUAGCAUUAAUCAACGAGUAAAAACUAUUGAACGUCAGAUUUAUACCAAUCACAGUGCUACAGCAACAACUCUAGAAUAUGUACACGAGGAUUGUCAAAACAUUUUUGACAAUACAGUUGAUUUACAGUCCAAAGCAAGGAGAUCCUCUCGUAUCAUAAAGAAUCUUGGUAAUGGAUUAAAGUUGCCCAUGGAUAAAUAUAUGUCUGACUCUGACAGUUACAGUAGACGAAGUCAUCCACCUGGGAAUCGUCGUAAUAAACAGAUGAGAAGGAAUCUAGAACCAGUGAUUCAGAAUCACAAGCCAUUUAGUACACCGGCAUCCGACAGUGACAGCGAUGAUGACGUUGAUAUGUUUGUGAAUGAACCACAGGCUGGAGAUCACCGAUUGAUCCCUAGUGGCCAUAAGAGCCUAUCACAGAGCCAAUCCCAGGGGGAGCCACAUGUCACAGAGGAAGUCCCCACCACUGUGCCACCCAUGAAUAACAUGGUAGAUGACAUUAAAACCCUUCAGUCUGCAGCCAACAAUUCACAAGGUCAAUAUCAACCUGAUGGUCAGUUCAGUCCUGUCCCGGGGCAACCAGCAAACAUCUCGGGACAGACAGUAUCUACAGAUUCCGCGUCGAACAUACUUAUGUCGCCAAAAGAACAACUGUCCUCUAGUACCAAAUCUAAAAAUCUCUCCAGUUCUUUGAGUUCUAAUGGCUCCACAAACCAAAUGGAACAGAGUAACGCUCUGUCUCCGUCACAAUCAAAUAUACCACCACAGACAAGACAGAAUGUUUUGCCCUCAGGAAAAGAUAAGUCGUCAAAUUCCAUGUUUCUGGAUCAAAGACCGAAUAUCGACGUCCUUCCACAUACACAACCAGAGACGUCAUCUUUGUUGCUUGUCCCAACCACUACUGAAGUGGUCAUACCCCAUCAGGCUUCACAACAGACCACUACCUCACCGUCUUUAUCAGAAGCCAUACCCACAACUCUACAGACCACACCCACAGCAAGACGGACCACACCUGCACAUGAGGAAGCCACAUCCACCUCACUACAGACCACACCUACAUCUAUUCAGACCACACCCGCUUCCUUACAGACCACUCCCACAACUAUUUCUAACAUACCAUUAACAAAUUCUUAUCAUACAAAUGUCACACAGGCAACACCUUCAUUACCAGUAGUUACAAAUGUACCAACCACACUCUCAUCAAGAGGACCUGCAACAGCAUCAGCUCCUUGGACAGGUGAAAUGGGUUUGUUCCUCGAGCCAGACUUCAGUAGUAUUGAGAAGGUGAUUGGAUCUCUGGAACUACCAGACAACAAUGAUACAAAGAGAGCAAUCAAUACUGCUUUUGCAAGUGAUGUUGAGCCUUCCAUGGAGCGUCCUAAGGGCCUAUACACUGUUUUGUUGGUAGAUACUUCCUUUAGUACUAGUUCUUCUGUAGUAAAGACUGCCAUUAAAUCCUUUAUCGAGGGCUUCAUGGACGAGAUUGAAGAUUCAGCAGCAAAUGAAACGCUAGAGGAAAAUGUUGCCUUGGUUACGUUUGGCAGGAAUACUGGUGUUCAGCAGGGUUUUACAAACGAUUUCUCUCUCAUCAGGGAUGCAUUUGAUUCUCUGCCAUAUGCUGGAAGGUCCCCCUUAGCCACUGGCCUUGCUGUCUGCUUGACAUACAUGGAGAAAUCAAGUAAAGAGUUGCAGCAGAAUGGAUUGGAAAUUUUUCCCCGAUUAAUCCUUUUGACUGACGGUUAUGCAACAGAAGAUGCAGAGUUUGCUGAUGACAAUGACCAACCUGAUCCAACUGCAGUUGAUGUGAAGGCUCGUGUUAUACAGAUAGUGCGGCUCUUUCACGCCAAAAAAUACCCACUGUCCUGUGGAGCUGUCAAUCAAAAAUACAGUGAUGAGGCUAUGAUCGAUGAUAUUUCUGCUAUUGGAGGAGGGACAAAGAUUGAAUUGUUCCCGCAAGCUAAUGGUCUGGAUCAAGCAAAGGUUCUUGGACGAUAUUACUUGUAUCAAACAAUAGUUGCCCAGGUGAAGAAUGAACUUGAAGAGAGUGGAGGUUUGGGAGAUGCGAGUAAGAUCCUCAUGGAUACAACCGAAAACAAGACUCUCGACCAAAGAGAUAGGGUUGAACUGGUCGACAUGCUGCGUUCACAUGACAUUGUGGCAAAAUUUGAUGAGCAGCUAGCUGGAGUAGGAGGCUCUGAGGAAUCGGACAAUGAAAUGCUGAAGAGCUAUACAUUUCAAGAGCUAGCACACAUGCCACCGAUAGGUAGCCGUGUAAAGAAAGGACCGCAAUGGAAACAAGGGAUGUCUGAUCCAGGAGGGCUGGGAACAGUUGUGGCACAUGCUUCUGAAGGGGUUGUGGUGGUCAAGUGGGAUAAAGGUAAGGUUGAUCGCUAUCAAUAUCGGACGGACUUUCAAGAGGUGACAUUUCCUGGUGGACCUAGCCAGCCACGCCAGUUCCGGUCUGAGCGGGACAUCAAUGUGGGAUGCUGGGUAAAGCGAGGACGUCACUGGAGUAAAGGUGACGAGGACGGUCAAGCUUCCCACGGAGUGGUCGUUAGGCGCCAUAGAAACAUGUCUGUCACAGUGAAAUGGCCAAUUGGUAUUGUAGAGAGGUAUAAGUGCGGACAAGAUGGUAUCAUGGAGGUGGAAGCUGUAACCUACGCCCCUGAGUCUCAGCUUCAAUCCAAUGGUCAACAGCCUCAGUCCCAUGGUCAACAGUUACCCGUCCCGACAAGAUACUGGGGCUGUGGGAGCACCAGUGAGAGGAGACGACAUGGUGUCCUGCUGGCAGUUCCAAGACGGACUCAACCAGUGGCGAACUUUGACCUUGGAGGAGAGUGCCAAAGUGGACAACCACGCCGAUAACAACAAACAAGGACUGAUCACAGUCACACACAAAGGAACACAAUACCGGUUUGAGCUGCGGAACAUGAGGUACAGAGAGCAGGGAGGCCAGACUCAGGGAGCUAUACAGCACACAUUUGUGAGUCAAUAUGAGUACCAGACUAGAAUGAUGGUGGAGGAUAUCGGUGCCUUAUAACUAUGGAGAAAGAUAUAACACAAAUGAGUAAAACCAUCUGAUGGAAAUCUGCGAUACAAGCUCUUGGAACAGCGUCUUGGAAUCUCUGACGGGAAUUGCUGGACAUUCUGUUUUUGCUUCCAAUCAUGGAGAAUUAUAAUUGUUUCACACAGUACUUACAUUAAAAAUUAAUGUUUGUGGUGAAAACUGCUGUGAUGUUGGAGAUGGACAGAUAUGAAGGAUAGAAUGUGGUUCCUAGCUACCUUAACUACAUCUUAUUUAUAUUGUAAAGGAAUAUCCAAAGAAUGUGGUGCUUCAAUCCUCUCCCAGCUUGUGUAGGUCAUCAGAAAAAAAUCACACCCCUUGGUGAGCACCUGAAGAUUGGACAAAACAGAUUUUCUGAUGAGUCUGAUAAGUGUCAUUGUAUCGAAACUGGACUGGGCUGAAUGGCGGUAGCUAGGUAUGAUAAGUGUCAUUGUAUCGAAACUGGACUGGGCUGAAUGGCGGUAGCUAGGUAUGAUAAGUGUCAUUGUAUCGAAACUGGACUGGGCUGAAUGGCGGUACCUAGGUAUGAUAAGUGUCAUUGUAUCGAAACUGGACUGGGCUGAAUGGCGGUAGCUAGGUAUGAUAAGUGUCAUUGUAUCGAAACUGGACUGGGCUGAAUGGCGGUAGCUAGGUAUGAUAAGUGUCAUUGUAUCGAAACUGGACUGGGCUGAAUGGCGGUACCUAGGUAUGAUAAGUGUCAUUGUAUCGAAACUGGACUGGGCUGAAUGGCGGUAGCUAGGUAUGAUAAGUGUCAUUGUAUCGAAACUGGACUGGGCUGAAUGGCGGUAGCUAGGUAUGAUAAGUGUCAUUGUAUUGAAACUGGACUGGGUUGAAUGGUGGUAGCUAGGUAUAGCUAAAAUGGUUAGAUCAUCUGUCUAUAGUUCCGAGGUUCCAGGUUUGAGUCCCGAUCGGGUUGUUGCAUUUUUCCUCUCCUGUUACAUCAUUAUUAAGAACAUUGAAGUUAAUGUGUUGAUAUUACAUUUAUUUGAUGUGAAUUGUAACUGCUUUUUGCUAGAUUUGACAGUAUGUCCUGUCAUUACAGUGGAUGAUUCAGAUCUGAACAAGGCACAAUCCUAGAGAAAGCCAAUUCAAGAUGAAUUGUUACCGUCUUUAGGGUGUAACUAAUUAGCUGGUUGUCUAACAAUACAAAUUCAGCAUUCACAGUUCAUUAAAUUUGUCCCAAAACCAACUCAAUUUAUUGCCUUGUGAAAUUGGCUAAAGCAGGAAACAUCUGAUUAGAUUUGGUAAUAUCAGUGAAGGUUAAGGGGUCAAAGAUCACGCUGACCACUUGUUAGUUUGACAGUUAUUUUUAAUCCUGCUAGUAAUUUUCUCUCACUGUGCCUAUCAUUUUAAUGCAUAACAGGAAUGAUUAAGCUGAAAACAACAUGCAUGUAAAAAUAUUUAUCAUAAAAUAUCAUUGACCAAAAAAAUGGAUUUGAAGGCUAAAUCCUUCAAGGUACAUUUUGUACCUGGUGAAAAAUUGACCAAAGUGUGUCAGAAGGAUUAAUUGAAAGGGAUAGUUCUGCCAGUACAAUUUUACCUGUAGUUAACCUAUCAGGGUAAAUAGUCCUACAUUGUUUGGUACUAUUUUACCUUUACCUGUAGUUAACCUAUCAGGGUAAAUAGGCCUACAUAGUUUGGUACAAUUUUACCUGUAGUAAACCUAUCGGGGUAAAUAGGCCUACAUUGUUUGGUACGAUUUUACCUGUAGUUAACCUAUCAGGGUAAAUAGUCCUACAUUGUUUGGUACUAUUUUACUUGUAGUUAACCUAUCGGGGUAAAUAUUGUUUGGUACAAUUUUACCUGUAGUAGACCUAGCUAUCGGGGUAAAUAGUCCUACAUUGUUUGGUACGAUUUUACCUGUAGCUAACCUAUCGGGGUAAAUAGUCCUACAUUGUUUGGUACGAUUUUACCUGUAGUUAACCUAUCGGGGUAAAUAGUCCUACAUUGUUUGGUACGAUUUUACCUGUAGUUAACCUAUCGGGGUAAAUAGGCCUACAUUGUUUGGUACAAUUUUACCUGUAGUUAACCUAUCAGAAGAUUAAAUAAUCCAACAUUACAUACAAGAUGUUUGUGUCUGUAACUGGGAUAGUUGAAUAGUAUAAAUUAAGCUUAAUCUUAGCAUCAUACGUUUUAUUUGAAAACAUUUCAAAAGAGAUCAUUUUUUUGCCCAAUUUAAAACUUAAUAGUCAUAUAUAUUUUACAUUUCUAUGUACAUUGUACCUUUGUGUUCAUAUUAGCUGACAUUACUCAAAGUGCCAGUGAGCUUAAUGUAUGGCGUGCGAGUGGAUGUCCGUUGUCCAGUGUCCGUCCAUUCGCUAACUUUUAACUUCUUAUAGAAAACUUUAAGCAACUGAGAACUGAUAAUUGGCCAGCAGGUAUAUUUGUAAGAAUACAUGUACAUUUAAGUUUCCUCAUUUCAAUUACUUUGACCUAUUUUCAAGGUCAAAUGGGCCUUCUGCAGCCAGGGUUGUAUUAAGAAAUGCCAAAGGACACGAGCAAAUGUUCAUGAUCUUGGCUUUCUGUGAAAUAUAAACUGUAUUGAGUAAUGUUCAAAGAUACAGUCGCGAUGUUGGUAACCUUUCACCCCUGAGUAUUGAUCAAUGAUUGGUCACCUUUCACCCCUUCUGAGUACACAUUGAUUUUGAGGGACAACAUUCCUGCCUUACAGAUACAUGUAUUUUCUUUAUUUUUCUGGUGUGAACUGAUUGCAUUUGCUCAGUAACUAUAUAUUAAGUGAUGAAAGACAGGAUUUUGGUUGCAUCUAAGUUCAUGCUGUGAAAGAGCAUGCAUUGUACAUUUUCUCAAGAGUAAGGUGAGAUUGUGUUGUCACAGAAGCAGACAGCAGUUACUGUAUGUCAUGUUCUGGGAUUGUCACCAGAUGGUGUCUGACAGUUGCAGGAAUUUUAGUGCCAAAAAACAAAAAAACAAAAACAAAAAA